CUAACCGAGCCAAUCUCAAAAUCGUUGCAUGAAUCGAAGCAACGAUCAUCACAAUCAUAAUCGAUGCCGACACAGUACGAGUAGUCAAGGAUCACAAUCUUCGAAACAGAAACAGAAACAGAAACAGAAACCCAUUCCAACAGUCACAGAAUAACAAAGUAAGCGGAGUGUCGCAAUACAUACACAUACUCAUUUUCGGAGAGAGGGAGAGAGAAAAUGCCCACCACGGCGGAGACCACCGCUCUCUCGUGGAGCGCUUCCUCCGUCGCCGCGUGGCUACUAGCCGCCGCCCUUUGCUGGUUCUGGGGCCUUCCGGGCCGGCGGCAAUUGCAACGGCGGAAACCGGGGGACGACCGCCCCAAGAGGGUGGUCUACGCCUUUUUCCAUCCCUACGCCAGCGGGGGGGGCGGGGGGGAGCGCGUCCUGUGGAAGAUGGUCCGGUUCCUGCAGACGUGUCGGUCGCACCGGAGCCUCCGGUGCGGAAGCCCGGGACCGAGCCAGGAGGGAAGCCGAGGCUGCCAACAGAACCCCACCACUGCGGAGGCAGCAACGAAAGAAACGACAACUCCGGGAAACGACGGUGGCAGCUGCAAUGCCGGUGGCGACGGAACCAGCGGGCCCGACGAUUCCGUCGAGAUUGUCAUCUACACGAUCGACCCGCCGUCCACGGACGAGGCCGAACUGCGGGCGGACGCCGAGCGGCGGUUUGACGUGAGGAUUCCCAAAAAGGUCCGCCUCGUCUCCCUCGAGGACCACAGGGACUGCCUGGCCCCCCGUCCCUUUCUGUCCCUGGUCAUGGAAUCCUGGGGGACGAUGAGGCUGGCAAGGUGGGCCCUGCUGCGAACGAUUGCGGACGACGAAAGCAAAAUCGACAACGAAAGCGACACGGAGUUUGUCUUUUGCGACACMACGGGCUGCGCCUUUACCUUUGCCGUCGUCCGGUGGAUGUCCUGGUUCUCCCACUUCGGGAACCGGGGAAUCCCCCCGGCGCGGAUCCUGGCCUACGUGCACUAUCCGACGAUCUCCACGGACAUGAUGGCGUGGGAAUGGAAAAAGGGCAGGAGCCAGGGCGGGGGGGCCGUGCGCCGGCUCAAGUCCUGCACAAGGCUCGCCUACUACUACGCCUUCUCCCUCGCCUACGGGCUCACCGGGUCGCUGGCGGACCUGGUCCUCGUCAACUCGACCUGGACGCACGACCACAUCCGCUCCCUCUGGGCCUUUGGGAGGGCCCCCAUCGAGAUCAUCUACCCGCCGUGCCGGGUUCCUGGUACGGUCGGCGGCGAAGCAGAGGAUCCGCGGGCGCAGGAGGAGCCACCGCGGCGGGACAACACCAUUGUGUCCAUCGGGCAGUUUCGGCCGGAAAAGGACCACGGGCUCCAGAUCGAGGCCCUUUCCGUCCUGCUCGAGGCCCACCCGGAGCUCAGGGAAGGACGGGGGGUAAAGCUCCUGCUGAUUGGGAGCUGCCGGAACGAGGCCGACCGGGGCCGGGUCGAAGCCCUCCGCUCCCUCGUGGAAGAACGCGGCCUGGGAGACCACGUGGACUUUGCAAUCAACCCGCCCUAUGCCGACCUGCGGGCCUCCAUGGCAACGGCGAGCAUCGGCAUCCACACCAUGCGGGAGGAACACUUCGGGAUCGGGAUCGUCGAGAUGAUGGCGGCCGGCCUGCUCACGAUCGCCCACGACUCGGGGGGGCCGAGGUCGGACAUUGUGCUGCCGCUCCGCCCCAACGGCAGCGACGCGGCAACGAACGCCGCAACGGCAACGGGCUUUCUGGCCACCACCGCGGAGGAAUACGCCUCCGCCCUGCACGCGGCCCUGACCAUGGGAGAGGGGGAGGCCCGGGCCAUGAGGGACCGGGCUCGGCGGUCCGCGGCGAGGUUCUCGGACGCUGCCUUCGACGAGCGGCUGGAGGGGGUCCUCCCCCUGCUGUACGGGCACCGCUGCUAGCAGCAGACCAAGGACGCCGGUCGUUGAACCGCGCACCCCGCCUCGGGCUGGCGUUUGCGAUCGGUGUCGAACCAGCACGGCACGCGGUACCGCUCGGCGGGGCUGCUUUCGAGGGAGCACGACCCACAAAUGGAAUCUCCUCGUGGUUGGUUUGGGGCCCGGUAGCCGUAGCGUCGGACCAAGAAACGAGACGAACGAUGAUUCUCUUGGAAAGAAAAUGCUGGUCGUGCAGCGGGCUCUCCGGUUGUUCUCGGGCCGAGAAUACGGGUUGUGGGUGGUUUCCUGGGUGCACGGAGGGUUGUUUUGUGGGUUGUUUUUUUUUUUUUCAUCAAAAAUCAAAAAUCUGCUACUAAAAAAAUAGAACCCAUUGUUUAGA